AUGCCAGAUCCAGGGCCGCGUCACGAUGCGUCUCUUCAGAUGCCGCCGCGUCAGGUAUUCGCAUCUCAGCGACAUGCACACAUGCUUGGCAAAGACGCAGCAGCAGCAGGUCGCGCCAAAGGGCUCGAUAUGGCUUUGCUAGCCCAGCAAAAACGUCGUAUCGAAGACGCGUCCGCUGACGUGGAUUUGGACGCAGCUCGGGCUGAGGGCCAGCGCGCUGCCCAAGCCAAGGCUGAGGCUGUGGCGCGCGCUGCCGAGCAUCGUGCCAAGUUUCGCAAGCUGAAGCAGGAGACACCGGAUAUUGUGUACAUCCAUGGCAAACGCAUGCGAAAGAAGAAGAAAGCGCCACCACCAGAGCUACCACCGCCUACCCAAGAGAUGCCACUCCCUAGCCAAGCACCAGCGCCUGCUCUGCACGAGGACCCUGACAUUUUUGGCGAGGUGGGUGUGUGGGACGGCCUCUCUGAGACCGAGCCCUCUUCUACCGUCACUACAUCUACCUCUCACGACUGGUUCGGUACGCCACGCAGACCAUCGCCUGCGCCUCCUGCGUAA